GCUCCGAGCAUCAUCUAACGGAGACUUGUUUUGAGGAGUGAACGUGAUGUUUUUUUCGCAUCCGGGAAACUAGCGACUAUGUGAGAACGAGAGCGUUUGAUUGCUAUCGGCAGGAUGAUGGCCAUGAAGUCGGGUCGCAUCCGUGGAGGCCGACCUACUCAGAGGCCUCAGCGGAAGGAGGCGGAGGAGAUCAAACUCGACUUCGAUGCUCCGCUCGAAACCAAUUUAAAUGAGGUCCUCCAGAACAUCGUGCACAAUACGCAGACAUCCAGAGCGUAUCUGUUGCCUCUGGUCAAGCUCGCCCCGCUCAUCCUGGACAGCUUCCACAGGAAGGACAGUCGUUUGGGCUCGUGGACUUUGGUCGACAUUUAUCGUUGCAUAAGACUCUUGUUGGUGGCCGAAGAAACCGAGAUCAGAGCAGAGGCCUUGCGAGCCCUACGACAUCUAACCGGUUCGGAGAAAUCGUUCGACGUCUUGUGUGAAGCGCUGAUACCGUCUCUGGUGGUGAAGUCAUUGGAUAUCGUCUUGGACAACAAGGUUGAACGCCUACAGGCCCUCAGGCUGAUGAGACGGUGCGCCGCCGUAGCGCCGAUGAAAUUCCCUCUAGAGUUCGUACAUUGCAUUUUAGCUGUUGCCAGUGAUGGACCGCAAGAGAGAGAUAAUUUCGCCAAAGCCUGUCUCGCCACGGCCGCCGAACUCUGUAUCACCAACCCCAGACUCUGGAUCGGUUCCGGCGCUUUCCUGACGAUCGUCCGGAGUGUUUUGAGCACGAACGUCAACGAAGCCCGGGCGGCGGAAUCACUCAUCAGCACGUUGAUGUACCUUGUAAAUGACCCCCAAACCAGACAUCUUGUGAACGCUGAUCUUGUCCUCGAUUACCUGAUCUCCCCAUUCACCGAUCGAAAUUUCAUGGUUCAUCCCGACGAUGAGCUGCAUCAACACGAACGGGAAGUCAAGGCUCGGAUCGCGCUCUGUUCCGUUUUACGUUCGUGGCCCGGUCUCAUAUAUCUCUGCAGUGAGCAAAGCGGUCUGACUAAACUAAUCGAGCUCUUGAGACUAUCCGAUACCGACACACAGAGAUCCGUGAUGGGUCUUUUCUUCGAUUUGUUCUGUCUCCAAACUCCAGAGUGGACCACUGAUUUCAGGAUUGCCUUAUUGGCGUCAGACGAUAAGACGGGUCUGCAGAGAGGCUGGCUGCUGUUCGAAGGCUUCGUCGCCGCCGAAGGCCUCGACCUGAUACCUCCGAUUGCGAAAAGCGUCAACUUGUCCGCGUGCUACAUGGGCAUUCUCCUUCAAGCGAUGGUGAUGCACGGCCUCCUCGACGCGGUCGCGCAGGCAACGGUCGGGCAAGACGUUCAGGUUUCGAUUCACGCAACGGUGCUGCUCGCGGAACUCCUCCACAUCUGUAAUCGGUACUUUCCUUUCGAUGCCAGUCACAUGUGCCAUCUACUGCCGGGCCUUAUCGACGCCACCAUGUCGCCAAAUAUGGACAUCCGACUGAAAGCUAUAACGGUCAUAAACAGACUGGCGUAUAUUGAGCAGUUCAAGUGCGAGACGGUCGGGGUCGCGAACUCCCUCAGCCUGGACCAACAAAUGAAGUUUUGCAGAGAGGCCCGUAGCGGACGUUUCGUCGACAGUCCCAAAUCGCCGAUGACCUCGACCCCCGUCAAAGCGGAGUCGAACGUAAAAUCAAAGAGGAAAAGCAAACGGAAAAGCAAUUCACACGCUUCUAGUCUCGAAAACCUAUUGCUCAACUCGGGCGUCUUCAGUUGCGACGAACACUACGAUUGGGACAUUAUUAAAUGUUUGUUGAAAACUCCCGAGUUCGAAGACGAUCCUCAGGCCGUGAAAUUCCUCGAACAUUUGGUGGCGUUCUAUCUGCCGUCCAACCGGCGGUUCUCUGCCAUCGAGACCGAACGCGAGCAGGCGCGCUCCAUGUGCUCGACGCUGCUCGUGAUGGCCGAUUUCCUCCUGGAAAAAAUGCCGGCGAGCAACCUGUUGCUCGAUAUCAUGAACGAUGUUUGCAGCUGUCUCCAGCAGAUCCAAGGGGAAAAUAUUCCGCCGAACUCGGUUCUGUCCCCUGCGAAAGCCUCCUCAACUCUUGGUCAGGCGUACUUCCUGCUCAUCGGGAGAUUGACGGGGAGCUCGUUGGGGCUCCACGUUCUGAAACGGGCGUCCAUCUUCGAGCAACUGACCAAGCUACUCACCGAAACUCUUAGUGCAUCGUCCAUGAACUACAAUGAUGUUUACAUUAAAUUGGCUCUGUCUCCCUUGAACUACACAAACCCGGGACCAACUCGAGAGCUUUUCAAAACUGUAAUGACCCGAGUCGAUCGCGAAAAUAGGAACGAGACUUCGAAGCUCUACUGUGUUAAUCUGUUGCGUAUGUUGCUUCGCUGUCGAGUGGCUGAUUUCUCGCGGUGGGCUAUCGAGCUCCUCGUCGAUUGUUUGAACGAUCAGAGUUUGGCUGUUAAGUACACAUCGUACGAAGUUCUCAACGAAGCGUGUGACAUCAACGAAAAUCUCGACUCUCUGAUUGCCAUCAACCCAGACCUUAACACCGCUGUCGAAGAUCAGGCCUGGGCUCUACAGAUACGAUACUUCUCUCGGCUCGAGGGAAUAGUCCUCCUGGAGAAGAAAGGAGUACUGGAGAGCGAUCUGCGUCGCUGGAUCACUCUGGGCUCGCUGAAAUACGUCAAAUGGGUCGAAGACACUAUCAACCAGAGCGUGAGUCGACACCGCAGGAACCCCGAUGGGAAAUACGGGCGAAGAUUCGGGGGUGAACACAAACUGCACCGUCUCCGGCCCGCAUUCUGCCCGCCCCACCUAUUGGGUCAACUGGCUUCCCACGAUCGAGGGAUCGAGAUCAUCAAAGAGAACAAUCUCGUUGAGCCAUUGUGCGAAACCAUACAGAACGCCCAUCUCGACACCCCCACUUGCGUAUUCUACGUGAAAGCAGCCCUGUGGGGAAUCGGACACCUAUGUAAAACAGCUCAGGGCUUGAAGCUAGCUGAAGAGAAUAACAUUAUCCCGAAAAUCGUAGAGCUCGCCAGAACCGCUGACGUGCUCGGCGUGAGAGGCACGGCUUUCUAUUGUCUCUGUCUUGUUUCGGUGACAAGCGAAGGCUGUGAUCUCCUUUCGGGUCUCGGUUGGGAGGGCGUCCGACAAUGCCUGUCCCGUGGGGACCGGUACUUCAAACGGAGAGCGGAAUCCGUCGACUCGGAAUGGAGUCUCGACUCGUCCUGGACAUCGAUACACGAGUUCCGAGAUCGCGCGGGCAGUACGCGGGAUUCGAUAUCUUUCGACGACAUUUCCACGACAAGCGAGGAUCUGAUGCACACUCACAUAACUAGUCCACAAUCGAACUGGAGUUUCACCGAUAUGCGCAAAAUGAUGCACUGUUACACGAGCCAAACAGACGCCGCCGGUUACGGGACGCUGAAAAUGCUCAGGCCGAAACGUCGUCAUAGAUCCAUGGAGCAGCCAGUGGUUUCUCCGACAAGUCCUGAGCUGCCAAUCAAGGAAGAAGCCGUCGGAAUACCCUCGGUUCUCAUCGGGCUCGUUCUUCCACGUCAUAUCAGCAGCAUUUUCAAUCGGAAUUUCCUACAGCGACCGAAGCCGCAAUCCGCGAUCGCUGAUUUCCCGAGAGAAACCUUCGGCACCCUCCACAAGAAGUCUACGUGCUUCCGAUGCGGUGAUUGGGCUGACGAGAGGAUAUCUGAACGUCUUCAGAGGGAAUUCGGAGCUCCCUCGCAGAAGAUCACCAGCCAAGAUCGCAUACAAGUUCGGAAUGACCUACUCAAGUACGUCAUCAACUUGGCCGCAGUAUAUCCCAACACAAACAACAAGGCUAUCGAACAGCUCCUGCUGUCGAUGAAGCAGAAGCAAUCCUGGGUCUUCAGCGAUCUCUGUCUUUACUCAGACAUGUGUCACCUGCUGCGAAUAUUCCAACUCAAACAGCCCUUCCGAAAAUUCUUACAAGAACUGUUCAUGGACGUGGAAUUCGGUGAAUUCAGACUGCGUGCUGAAGACUGUCUGAAGAAGAGUUCCGUCGUGAGCACUUCUAUCAUAACUACUACGGAGACUAUAAAAGAAGAGGAAUCAGAGAUGAGGACCGACUCAGAGACGACGUUCGAAGAAAGCCGAACCUCAGUCGAAACACCGUCCAUUGUUGUUGAGCAGCAGGAAAACGUCAAAGAGAAUGGAGUCGAGGCGUCGGCAUCGUCGGUCCUUGGAACGGAAAGUGAACCAGCGGCCAGUGUUGAGCUCGAGACCCAUCUGACAGCAGCCGAAGUGCUGGAGGACAGUUCUGUGAAGAUGACCGUCCAAGAAACGUCUUCGACCCUAGAGGACAGCUCGAAAGAGAACAGUUUCGCAUCGAUGCAGACACCUGGUGACCCGCGAGAGCUCAACGGGGACGCCAAAGAGAACGCCAACAAACGUCGACGACGCAGACGUAAAAGUCUUAAGUCGGCAGCUGAUUAG